ACAACAAAAAAAUUAGCUUCGGUAACUGUGAAGGUGGUAGCAAGGGGUCAGAUGUGCUAAAGGUCCUAAAAUCUUGCCAAGAGGAAUUGCUGAUGGAUUAGAUGCAUGAGAAAGAGAAAAAUAAACCAACCAACCGGUGUCUCACUUUGUCACCCUCGGUAAAGAGCCAUAGCAUCACAGCUCAUAGCAACCUCAGACUCUUGAGCGGCUCCUGGCCGACCAGAUGAUCAGCCGUAUAGAGCACAUCUGUUCCAAGAACUUCAUCCACCGGGACGACAAGCCCCACACCUUCCUCACGGGGCUAGAGAAGAAGGGCAACCUGGUCUACAUCAUCGACUUUGGCCUGGCCAAGAAGUACCAGGAUGCCCGCACCCACCAGCACGUCCCCUACCAGGAAAACAAAAACCUGACCGGCACUGCCCGCUAUGCCUCCAUCAGUACCCACCUGGGCAUCGAGCAAAGCCGUCGAGAUGACCUGGAGAGUCUGGGCUACGUGCUCCUGUACUUCAACCUGGGCUCCCUGGCCUGGCAGGGCCUCAAAGCAGCCACCAAGCGCCAGAAGUACCAGCGAAUCAGCGAGAAAAAGAUGUCAACGUCCUUCGAGGUCCUCUGCAAAGGCUACCCCUCCCAGUUCUCCACAUACCACCACUUUCGCCGUUCCCUGCAGUUCCAUGACAAGCCUGACUACUCCAACCUGCGCCAGCUCUUCUGCAACCUCUUCCACCCGCAGGGCUUUUCCUACGACUAUGUCUUCGAUUGGAACAUGCUCAAAUUCGGUGCAUCCCAGAACCCGAGGAUGUGGACUGGGAGCAGUGAGAACACCAAGCGUAAGGAGAGGAUGGGGUAGCUGCGGGGGUCCCUGACCCGGGCCCGACCCCUGCCCUCCCAACCCCCCGCAGCAGCCAUCUCCAAUGGGCUCCGCAGUGCAGCCGAACCUGUGGCCUCCACCCCACCCUCCCACAGCCAGCAAGCUGGCAAUACAUCUCCCAGAGUGAUCUCACGGGUGGACAGGGAGAGGAAGGUGACUAUGAGGCUGCACAGGGGCGCACCUGCCAACAAAUCGUCCUCAGACCUCACUGGGCCGCAAGAGGUCUCCCGGAUCCCAGCCUCACAGACAAUGCCAUUUGACCAUCUCAGGAAGUGAGGAGUGCCACCAUCGGACCAGUGUUUGCUUAGUGUCUUCACUGUAUUUUCUUU